GAGCUAAAUAGUGCUCAGUCAUACCUACAAACCGCUGGUCCCAAUUAUCAGUGCCUCCUCAGUGACCGGAAUCCCGCACGGCCCGGGUUCUGCAAUCUUACUGCCUCUCGCGCUGCCUCAGUCCCCGGAAUCUCACUGCCGCUCGCGCAGCUUUCAGACCGGAGUCUCCAAAUCCCGUCCCUCUGCAACUCUCCGCUCCAGUUUUUUUUGGGCGGGCCAGCCAGCCUUUACCCGCAGCUGGCCGGGGUGGCUUUUUAUCAUCCCUCCCACCUUGUCGGUCCAUUUUUACAUGUCUAACUACAGAUGCUGUGAACAGACUGCAGCAGAGAAAUGUUUGCCAUAUUUCGUUCUUCCGCAUCCAAGCUCCGCUGCUUAACUAUCUCCACCCUCUCCUUCAAGCCAUUGUCAAACCUCUUCCACUCCUCUGCCACCAGAGCCCCACCCAUCACCACCCUUUUCCAGCCCCAGCUGAGCCUGCUAUUCCGCAGACCCCAGAGAUUAGGGUUUCAAGAGAGGCACAAAUGGGACAGAAGCUCAGACAAGUACGAUCAAAUCAAGGCCGAGGUCAAUUGCCCCCGAUGCUCCAAGAUGAUAACCGUGCUCUUCUCCAACCGACCUCUCUCCAUCACUGCCACUGAGAACGGGAUUUACCAGGCUGUCAGCAUGUGCUACAAUUGCCGGACGGCCUAUUAUUUCCGGCCGUUCAAGCUGGAGCCACUGCAGGGGAGUUUCAUAGAGAUUGGAAGGGUUAAGGGUGGGAGAGAGAAUUUUGCGGAUAUAGAGAGCAAUGGCGUGGGGAAAGGUGGAAAAAAUGGGGUUAAGAUUUGGGAGAAGUUAAAGUCGUAUGGUGGCGGUGCGAUUAAUGCAAAGAGAGGCGAUUCUGAUGUUGAUGGUGAUUGUAAUGCGGAAGGAAACUUAGAUGGAAAGAGUGCAGGGGUUGCGGAGGAGGUGGUUAAAGUAGGGAAGGAGUUGCCAACUCCAAAGGAGAUAUGUAAAGUGCUCAAUGAGUUUGUUGUUGGGCAAGAGAAGGCAAAAAAGGUGCUUUCCGUUGCUGUUUACAACCACUACAAAAGAAUAAAUAACCCAUUGGUGCAAAGCCAGUCAGGUGCUAAACCAGAAAAUGCUGUCACUGAAUUGGAUUUUUCCGGUGACGAAGUUGUUGAGCUGGAGAAGAGCAAUGUCUUAUUGAUCGGCCCAACUGGUUCAGGCAUGAUGCGUGUUUUUGGAAAGACACUUCUUGCUAAAACAUUAGCUCGUGUUGUUAAUGUGCCUUUCGUCAUUGCUGAUGCCACGACACUAACACAGGCAGGCUGGUUAUGUUGGGGAAGAUGUGGAAUCUAUUCUAUACAAACUACUCAUGGCAUACUUGUGACUCAUUCAGUACACAUUAGCCAAGACUGGUGCUAUGUUUGUCGAAUUGCAUCAGCAUAUCUGUUUGCAUUUUUUCAGCCCCUCCUCGAGGCUGCUGACUUCAAUGUUGAAGCAGCUCAACGUGGAAUUGUUUAUAUAGAUGAAGUUGACAAGAUAACCAAGAAGACCGAGAGCCUCAACAUGGGCAAAGAUGUAUCUGGAGAGGGUGUUCAGGAAGCUCUGCUGAAAAUGCUAGAAGGAACUAUAGAUACAAAAGAUAUCCUCUUUAUUUGUGGUGGAGCUUUUGUUGAUCUAGAGAAGACCAUUUCUGAGAGACGUCAAGAUUCCUCUAUUGGUUUUGGAGCACCUGUCCGCGCUAAUUUGAGACUUGCUAGGUUGAAUUCUGCUGCAGCCUCAUCUCUACUAGAACACGUAGAGAGUGGUGAUCUUACUGCAUAUGGUCUUAUACCUGAAUUUGUUGGGCGAUUUCCUGUUGUCGUGAGCUUGUCGGCUCUUGAUGAGGAUCAACUUAUUAAGCUGGAGGGCCUGGAUUUCUGCCUGUGCAUCUGUGCGCCUUUUGCAGCUAUGCUGUCUUUUGCCGCUAUGCUGGCUGAAACUCUUUUAAAAGAGAAUUGGUUUCAGGCCUCAAAACCCGUUGUUCUUACUGAGCCUAAAAAUGCUCUAUGUAAGCAAUACAAGAGGAUAUUCAGCAUGAAUCAUGUCAAUUUAGAAUUCACAGACAGUGCAAUGAGAUUGAUUGCUCAAAAAGCAAUAGCCAAGAAUACUGGUGCACGUGGUCUGAGAGCUAUAUUAGAAAAUAUUCUGACAGAAGCUAUGUUUGAGGUCCCAGAUGCAAAACCUGCAGAUCAUGUGGAUACAGUCUUGGUUGAUGAAGAGGCCGUGAAACAUGGAGCAAAAUUGCUACAUUCGGAUUGUGGGUUUGACGAAACUUUCAGGCAGACAAAAUCGAAAAAUGCAACCAUUUCCAUGAUCACCGUAAACCGUCCUGUUGGGAUUGGUGGACAUAUUUUAACUUAUUUCCUUAUCUUUGGUGUUCCUCAGGAGGAAGAUAAAAACCCAGUGAGGAUAGGCGACGUGGAAGUUCUGGAGGGUUCAUGGCCUGCCAUUAGCUUGUAA